AUGGAUACUAAUAAUUUGAGAUCUGAUCAAGGAGCUGAACCCAAUUUGGAUACUAGUAAUUGGAGAGAUCGAGUGGCCCCUGAAUCACGCCAAAGAAUUGUCAACAGAGUAAUGGACACAUUAAAAAGACAUCUUCCUCUUUCUGGUCAAGAGGGAUUGAAUCAACUUUGGAUGAUUGCCCAAAGGUUUGAAGAGAAAAAUUUUACUACUGCAACAAGCGAGCAUGAGUAUCUAAGGAAAAUAUCUUUGAAGAUGCUUGCGAUGGAAACUAAAUUCCAGGGCACUAUGGCCACCAAUAUAACAUCAUCUUUGGAGAUGCUUACACUGGAGACUAUAUCGCAGGGCAGUAUGGCCAACAAUAUAAAUUGA